ACAGACCCCCCCCCCCAUAUUCAAAGAUUAUCAAGUAUGCAAUGGAGGUUAUUCUGUUUUGCUUUUUGCAGAAUAUUAUUACAGCAAUGGAGGUUGAUAUUUACCUUUUUCCUUGCGUGUUCUAUAGCUGACAGAUAGGUGUAUAGGGUUGUUGCAAUUGUAUUUAGUUUUCCAUUUAUUUUUAUUCAUUUACAAAGUGUAUAUAUACAAUGGUUGAGCAGUAAUGAAAGGCAAGCAGAAUAUUUUGAAAACCCUUCUCUUCUUACUCUCUGAGAACUUGUUAUGGUAUCAGAGCUAUCUCUUUAGCUCCGCUGUUCUUCUUUUUUUUUUUUGCUUCUUCUUCGCCCCAUCCAUGACUGAUUCCCCUGCUUCAAACGCCUCUGUUUCUUCAGAUCCCCAUGAUCCUCCUGUUCCACCCAUUCCUCCUGCACCUCAGGUUAUUCCACCCAUGCUUUAUUCCCUUUCAGAUCCAUAUUCUAGUCCUUUAUACCUUCAUGCGGCUGAUUCUUCGAACCUCCAACUCGUUCCUGAAAAGUUGGUAGGCGAAUCAAACUAUAGUGUUUGGUCUCGAGCGAUCCUCAAGGCUUUAAACGCCAAAAACAAAAUGGGUUUUGUUCUUGGCUCUGUUUCACAACCUCCGGCGGAUCACCCUGACGCCAACCUCUGGUCUCGCACGAACGACAUGGUUUGCACCUGGCUAACCAAUGCUGUAAGUUCUGAAAUCGCGAGCUUGAUUGUUUAUCUUGAUGAUGCACACCUGGUCUGGCGUAGCCUUGAGAACAGAUUCAAGCAAGGGAAUGUGUCCAAGGUGUACAAUAUUCAACAUCAGUUGGAUACUUUACACCAAGGAUCACUAGAUCUCAACAGCUAUUAUACGAAACUUACCUCGCUAUGGGAGGAACUACGCAACUUCGAGCCGUUUCCGAUGUGUACAUGCGGUGGUUGCACCUGUGGUGGUUGCACUUGUGGAGGAUGCUCUUGCAAACUACCUGAACAAUGGAGUCUUCUGUUUGAGAAGAACAAUGUUGUGAAAUUUCUGAUGCGCCUCAACGACUCCUACAGCGCCGUUCGUCGGCAGAUUCUGAUGCAAGAACCCUUACCGAACCUCACCAAAGCCUAUAAUCUUAUUUCUCAGGAAGAGCAGCAGCGUCUGUCCUUCGGUUCUUCGUCGGAACAAGCUGCCUUCCAGAUUUCUGCUCCCUCUUUUCGACCUAAGCCUUAUUUUCCUUCUUCUAAUCCUAACCCUAGAAACACUCAGCCCACAAACAGACCUAAACUUUCAAACCCAAACCAUGAUAAGCCCAAGCCCAUUUGCACUCAUUGUGGAAUGAUGGGCCAUACUGUAGCCCGUUGCUACUAUAUUCACGGCUUUCCCAUGGGUUACAAGACAGCUGCCCCUCUUCUACCAACUCCUCGAAACUUCCCGAAUAAAUCCUUUUCCCCCACCCGAAACCCUAACCCUGAUAAGCAUCAGAAACAGAUCAACAUGGUGGGAUCUGCUGUCUCCACUCAUUCGAAUCGUUCUGGUCCUUCUGCUGAUACUUUUGAUACGCGGAAUCCCUUGGAGCAAGCCCAGGAGUUAUUGGCUCAAUACGCUUCUCAGUUGAAGCAUCAUGGUUCUUCACGUCCGGAAUCAGGUCUGACUGCUUGUCCCUCCCCUCCUCUUUCCCCAGGACCUUAUUCAGGGCUCGACAAUUGGCGAGGGUAAACAGAUGCAUAACUUAUAUGUACUGGAACUCCCGAAGCCAUCUUCCGUGUCUUGUC